GAAGCCGUCACACUCUCUCUCUGGCUGGUGGCUGACUAAGGAGACCGCACAUGAAUGGACUUGCUGGACCAGGCGGAGCUGCGUCUGAGGAGCUUCUCAGAAAACCCUUGGCUCACACGGUCUCUCGGUGGAGCAAGAGAUCUCAUUGGUCCAGAGGAAGAUGUCAGACCUUGAGUCAGUGCUGCAGCAGAAGGAUAUUGAGUUAAAGGCCUCUGAGACCCAGAGAACCAUCUUAGAACAGGACUUGGCGACGUACAUCACUGAAUGCAGUAGUCUAAAGCACAGUUUGGAACAGGCGCGAAUGGAGGUUACUCAGGAGGACGAUAAAGCAUUGCAGCUCCUUCAUGACAUCCGAGAACAGAGCAACAAGCUUCAAGAGAUCAAAGAACAACAGGAAUAUCAUGCUCAGCUGGAGGAGAUGCGAGUUUCCAUCAGACAGCUGGAAGAAGACCUGUCAGCUGCCCGUCGCCGUAGUGACCUGUAUGAAGCGGAGCUGAAAGAUUCUCGGCAGGCCAGUGAGGAACUGAAGAGGAAGGCGACUGACUACCAGCACCGGGUGCUGAAGGCCAAAGAGCAAGGCAAAGCUGAAGCAGAAGACUUGAUUUCCAAGUUGGAGAAGACCAAUGCUGAGCAGCAGACAAAGAUACAGGAUCUCCAAGACAGGCUUGCCAAGGCACUGAAGGCCAGUGCUGAGGCGACAGAUGUCCUUCAGAGUGUCAGGGUCUCCAAAGAACGCGUGGAACGAGAUCUGGAGCGGCUGCAAAACAAGGAAGACUCCAGUGACAGCCUGCGGAGACGCCUCCGUGAAACUGAAGAUGGGAGGAAGACUCUGGAAAACCAGGUGAAGAGACUGGAGAUUGUUGAGCGCCGUGAGAAUAAACUGAAGGAUGAAAUCCAGACUAAAGCUCAGCAGAUUCAGCAGAUGGCCGAUAAGAUUCUGGAGCUGGAGGAGAACCUGCGUGAGACCCAGGCCACAGCCCAACGCUUAGAGACCCACCUGAAGCAGAAAGAGAAGCUCCAUGAAGACAAAAUAAAGGUGCUGGAGGCCCAGAUGAAGGCGGACAUGGCUGAUAAGGAGAUGCUGGAGUCCAGUCAGGUCAAAUAUGAGGAGGAGGUGCAGGAGAAGUGCAGCAUCAUCAGCGAACAGAAGGCGACUAUUAAUGCCAUGGACUCUAAGAUGAACAGCCUGGAGCAAAGAAUAGCAGAGCUGUCUGAGGCCAACAAACUGGCAGCCAACAGCAGCAUUUACACCCACAAAAACAUGAAAGCGCAGGAGGAGAUGAUCUCAGAGCUUCGCCAGCAGAAGUUCUACUUGGAGUCUCAGGCUGGGAAAUUGGAGGCCCAGAAUGCCAAACUGGAGGAGCAUCUGGAAAAGAUAAGUCAGCAGGAGCAAGGCAGUAAGAGCCGUGUGAUGGAGCUGGAAACAAGGCUUCGGGAGAUUGGCCUGGAGCAUGAAGAACAGAAAUUAGAGAUUAAGCACCAGGUAACAGAGCUGACGUUGUCACUGCAGGAGCGUGAAUCCCAAAUCACCAACAUGCAGGCAGCUCGCCAUGCUCUGGAGAGCCAACUGCAGCAGGCCAAGACUGAGCUGGAGGAGACCACUGCAGAGGCUGAGGAGGAGAUCACUGUUCUCAGAGCACACAGAGAUGAGAUACAACGCAAGUUUGAUGCCUUGAGGGACAGUUGUGCGGUGAUUACAGACCUUGAGGAACAGUUGAUGACACUGAGCCAAGAGAAUGCUGAGCUCAACCGCCAGAACUUCUAUCUGUCCAAGCAGCUGGAUGAAGCAUCUGAUGACAGAGAGGACCAGCUGCAGCUCAGUCAGGAUGUGGACAGGCUGCGUCGAGAGGUGGCUGAUCGGGAGAUGCAUCUCAACAACCAGAAACAGAACCUUGAGACACUGAAGACAACUUGCACCAUGCUGGAGGAGCAGGUUCUGGAGUUGGAGACCCUGAAUGAUGAACUGCUGGAGAAGGAACGGCAGUGGGAAGCCUGGAGGUCAACACUGGAGGAUGAGAAGAACCAAGCUGAGAGGAGAACCAGAGACAUUCAGAGACUGCUGGACACUGAGAAACAGAACAGGGUUCGUGCAGAGCAGCGCAGUUCUGAGUCUCGCCAGGCUGUGGAGCAGGCCGUGAAGGAGCACAAGGCUGAGAUCCUUGCCCUGCAGCAGGCCCUCAAAGACCAGAAACUCAAAGCCGAGAGCCUUGCAGACACUUUGAAUGACCUGGAAAAGAAGCAUGCCAUGUUGGAGAUGAAUGCCCGCAGUCUACAGCAAAAGUUGGAGAGUGAGAGGGAUCUUAAACAAAGACUUCUGGAGGAGCAAGAAAAGCUGCAGCAGCAGAUGGAUGCUCAGAAGACGCACAUCUUUCGUCUAACACAGGGACUGCAGGAUGCUCUCGACCAAACCGACUUGUUGAAAACUGAGAGGACUGACCUGGAGUACCAGCUGGAGAACAUCCAGCUCCACCUGCAGGCUGUGUACUCCCAUGAGAAGGUGAAAAUGGAGGGGACCAUCACGCAGCAGACCAAGCUCAUAGACUUCCUCCAGGCCCGGGUCGACCACAGUGGCUCCAAAAAGAAAAAGGGUCUGUUUGGACGUCGUCGAGAGGACCUGUUGGCUGCCAUUGCUGCCCAGGCCCAGAGUCAAGGUCAGGGUCAGGGUCAGGGCCCCGUUUCCCCUGUGCUGUCUGUCCCAACCAUCCAGCCGGUGCCUCUGCAGUACACUGACAUGAAGGCAGCUUUGGACAAGGAGCGUGCACGCUGCUCUGAACUCGAGGAUGCUCUGCAGAAAAUGAGAGUGGAGCUGCGAUCUCUGCGAGAGGAAGCGCUCCAAUGUAAGGAUCUUGGUAACUCUACAAACCCAGCCACAACACGGCAACAGAUGCUUAUGUCUGCUAUGGUGAAGUCUCCUGAUCACCAGCAGGGCCCAACCAGUCUGGCAUCAUCUAGUUCUGGACGCAGAAAGGAUGCUGCAACACCUGAAGAGUACGGCCGUCGCCUGAAGGACAGUCAGAGAGACAGAGAGAGGGUGCAGCACAACACAGCUCACCGCUUCACAGUGGGACUCAACAUGAGAGCUGCCAAAUGUACUGUGUGCCUGGAUACUGUACACUUUGGCCGUCAAGCUGCAACCUGUCUUGAAUGUCACGCUUUGUGCCACCCAAAAUGCUCCCCCUGCCUUCCAGCCACAUGUGGCAUGUCCAGUGACUGCUCCCUGCAUGUUUCUGAGGGACUAUUUGUGGACAAGAGCAACUCAGUAGGACAGCAGUUCAAAGAAACUAUUGGACACGUACACCUGGCAGGAUGGAUGAAACAACCCAGGAAUGGGAAGCGAGGUCAAGGGUGGGAGAGGAAAUAUGUGAUCCUGGAUGGGUCUAAAGUGUCUGUUUACGAGCUUGAGCCCAGAGAAGAGUCAGUGAAACCACUUCAGGAGUUUGACCUGUAUCUGCCAGACGGAGAGGUGCUGAUCCACGGAGCAGUAGGAGCAUCUGAACUUCCCAAUACUUCAAAGUCAGAUGUUCCCUAUGUGCUGAAGCUGGAAUCCCGUUGUCACUCUCCAUGUUGGCCUGUGCAGUCCAUUUACUUCAUGGCUCCUAGUUUUCCAGACAAGCAGCAUUGGGUGUCCAUCAUGGAGUCUGUGGUGGCCAGUGGGCGAGCCGCCCGAGAGAAAGCAGAGGCUGACGCAAAACUACUUGGGAACUCUCUCCUGAAGCUGGAAGGAGAUGACAGGCUCGAUAUUAACUGCACCCUCCCCCUCACAGAUCAGAUAGUGAUGGUGGGCUCUGAAGAAGGUCUGUAUGCCCUGAACGUGAUCAAGAAUUCGUUGACUCACAUUCCAGGUCUUGGAUCAGUAUUUCAGCUCUACAUCAUUAAAGAGCAGGAGAAGCUCCUGAUGAUUGUUGGGGAUGAGCGGGCCUUGUGUCUGGUGGAGAUCAAGAGAGUGAAGCAGUCUUUGGCUCAGUCUCAUCUACCGAGCCAGUCUGAACUGGCUCCUUACAUCUUUGAGACGGUUAAAGGGUGCCACCUGUUUGCUGCUGGGAGAGUGGACAGCGGGUCCUGUAUCUGUGCUGCAAUGCCAAACAAAAUCACCAUUCUGCAGCACAACGACAGUCUCAACAAAUACUGCAUCCGUAAGGAGAUUGAAACUCUGGAGCCAUGCAGUUGCAUACAUCUGACCAGCUACAGCAUCAUCAUUGGGACCAACAAAUUCUACGAGAUUGAGAUGAAACAGUUUGUGCUCGAGGAGUUCUUAGACAAAAACGACGUGUCUCUGGCUUCGAUGGUGUUUGCUGCUUCGACCCACAGCUUCCCCAUCGCCAUCAUGCAGGUGUCCAGCAGCAUGCAGAAAGAAGAAUACCUGCUCUGUUUUCACGAGUUUGGAGUAUUUGUGGACACAUACGGGCGAAGGAGUCGCAGUGACGACGUCAAGUGGAGCCGUCUGCCUCUUUCCUUUGCGUACAGAGAGCCAUACCUGUUUGUCACCUACUUUAACUCACUGGACGUCAUCGAGGUUCAAACCCAUGCUGCUCUGAGUCCCUCAGUACUGGCCCACCUGGACAUACCUAGUCCUCGAUACCUAGGCCCCGCCAUCUCCUCUGGAGCCAUUUAUCUUGCAUCAUCCUACCAGAACAAACUGCGGGUCAUCUGCUGUAAAGGAAGCCUGAUCAGAGAGUCCGGAGAGCUGCAACGGAUCGGCAGUAGUCGAGGUAGUCCCAGUAGUCCCAGUAAACGAGGCCCACCCACCUACAGUGAACACAUCACCAAACGUUUGACCUCGGGAUCUGGUAGUCACGAUGGUUUACACCGUGAGCCCAGCACCCCACAUCGCUAUCGGGAGGGUCGCACCGAAUUCAGAAGGGACAAAUCUCCAGCCCGGCCACUAGACCGCGAGAAGUCACCUGGUAGGGUGCUGGACAGUCGCAGAGAAAGGUCCCCUGGGAGAUUUGGAGACAGUACCCGACUCCAUGCUGGGUCUGUUCGAACACAACUUGCCCCAGUUAACAAGGUGUGGGAUCAGUCAUCGGUGUGAAAACAGCUGUGGGGUUUGGAGUUCAGUGGCUGCAGAGAAACCAUGUGAUCCACACUGAGUGCACGUACGCAAGCACUCUCUUCGCCUUGUUGUCUGUAACAUAGUGCAGCAUCAGUUCUUAAUUUGAUAAACCUGCACUGGACACAUUUCCCGUGACAAUCGUCUCUUCUGACUUAUGCUUCGGC